UUAGGCUCGACAAACAAAUUGAGGUUAAUUUGGUUAGGAAAUUUGAAUAAUUUUACGUACAAUAAACAUACCGAAAAAAUGAUUAUCACGAGAACUGUCGUCAAGCUGUUCCACACUGGCGCAGUUAACCCGGCUACUGAGAAAUCUCUACUGGCCACACUAAGGAAAAAGACAGGAUACACAUUCACAAACUGUAAGAAAGCUUUGGAAAUGCAUAAUAAUGAUCUUAGCCAAGCCGAAGCAUGGCUGAACCAACAGGCACAGUCUCUGGGAUGGUCAAAGGCAACAAAGUUGGAAGGACGACAUACUACACAAGGCUUGAUAGGUGUCUCGGUGAAUAAUGACGAUGGAGUGCUGGUCGAAGUAAAUUGCGAAACAGAUUUUGUGGCCAGGAAUAAAGAAUUUCAGAAGAUGGUGGAAGAGACUGCUAAAACGUGCUUAGAUUAUGUUAGGAACCACCAGAAAUCGAAAGAUAUGAUAACAAAGAUAUGUUUAGAUGCAGAGCAGUUGAAGAACCUUAAAACGAAUGAUGGGAAGUCUCUAGCAGACAAACUAGCUUUAAUGAUUGGUAUGGUUGGAGAAAAUGCUGUUCUAAAAAGAGCAAUGUGUUUAAAAACUGGAAAUGGUGUUCAUCUCUCUGGUUAUGCACAUCCCUCAGGAAUUACUAGUGAUAAUGUUAUGAUAGGCAGAUUGGGUGGCUUGUUGGCUUAUAGGCCGUUGGAGCCAAGCGAAGCUGUUAAUAGCGUCAGCAAAGGUAUUUGCCAACAUAUCGUAGGAAUGCAUCCAAAGAAAAUCGGUUCAUCAGAUGACGAACCAGCAAAGAAUAAAGAUGAAGAGACUUGCCUAAUCCAUCAGGAAUAUCUCCUUGCCGAUGAGCUAACCGUAAAGGAAGUCCUAGAAGAAAACAAAAUUGAGAUUGUGGAUUUUAAAAGGUUUGAAUGUGGUGAGAGCGACAGAGCUCUGGGAGACCAGCCUUUAGAGUUCGUAGAAACUUGUCAAUAGUAGUUGAGUGUUUUUAUAGAUUGUUAAAUAAAAAAAGGUAACUAUUC